CGUGAUAUAACUCGAUGUUUGACAGAGUGUCUCUCCAAGUGGUUGUGUAGAGCUGAUAAUGUUGACAGUAAAGGAGGAGCUACCUUUGACUCAUUGUCAGAUGCUCUUAAAUCUAUGAAUGAGAAUGCUGUAGCUGACAAGUUAGAUCAAAAGAAACAUAAAGCUAAGGCUAUUGAUAUAUUCAACACUCAUCAUCCACUCCUCUCUCAGUCUCUCUCUGAUCCUCUCAGUGUAGCUAUUAUGCUUCAAAAAGAGGGUGUCAUAACAGGACAAGUAUUGGCUAGUGUUGAAUCAGCUAGUCCCUCUGUUUCUAUUCAACGUGAAAUCCUGUUAGCUGCCAUUAUAGUAGCUAUUCACAGCAAGUAUAGUUUACUACAAACAUUUGCUAGUGUGUUGUGCAAGUUCACUGGUAAUAUAAAACUAGGAACAACUAUACAAAGAGACUAUGAUAAAACAUUUAAUGACAAUACACAGAUGAUAUUAGAUGAUGAAAGUAUAUCAAUAGAAUAUUAA